AUGACUUUAAAAUAUGUCAAAACACUGAGCCAGCAAGAUGGCUCAGCAGACAUAUGGAUAGAGGAGAAAGCCCACGGUGACUGUGAAGGCCUCACACCACGUAUGUCAAUUUCUCCUGAGGGUCAUGAAUUUAGUCUAAAAAGAGAACACACGCUAACAUCAGGAACAGUCAAGGCCAAGCUAGGUGGGCCAGCUCAGACUGCUGAGAAUGAAGCGGGUGAGGUCGAGCACAGAGAGAUCCUUCUGCGCAUGCCCUGAAAAGUAUGCGUGCAUUUCCACAAGGUCCACUACGCUAACAGCUGCACAGAGACUACCAAAUUCCGAAUUGCUCUUAAAAUUGCUCUAGAACUGCUGACGGCUGCAAACUUCCUAGAUUGUUAA